AAAAGAUUAUGCAAUUUGAAACAACAUGCGCAGGUUCACAGGGAUGAGAAGCCUCACGAGUGCAGUGUGUGUAAAGCUGCAUUUAAAAGAUUAUCCCAUUUGAAAGGACAUAUGCAGGUUCACAGGGAUGAGAGGUUCACAGUGAUGAGAGGCCUCACCAGUGCUGUGCAUCGCAGUGUAUGUAAAGCUGCAUUUAAAAGAUUAUCCGAUUUGAAACAACAUAGGCAAAUCCACAGUAACAAGAAGCCUUACCAGUGCAACAAAUGUAAAUCUGCCUUCAAAAAAUUAAAUGCUUGGAAACAGCAGGAGAGGAUCACAGUGAUAAGCCUCACAAGUACAGUGUGUGUAACAUUGCCUUCAAAAGUUUAUUUCAUUUGAAACAGCAUAUGCAGUUUCAUAGAAAUAACAAAUCUUACCGUUGAAGUGUGUGUUAAUCUGCUUUUAACUUCUUUAAUUGGUUUGAAAAACACACAAUCUAAUUCAUAAUUAUAUUGAAUCUUACCCGUGCAGUGUAUGUAAAGCUUCUUUUAGACUGCUAUCUACUUUCAAAAGACACAAGGUUAUUCUAAACCUCACUAGUCUGAUGUGUCUAAAGCUGCUUUCAAGUCCUCACCUGCUUAGAAAAUGCACAUGCUAAUCUACAGUGAUGUGUCAAGUGUAUUGUGUGUAAAGUUGCUUUUAGGUGUUCAUCUACUUUAAAAACACAGAUGAUGACCUAUGAUGGUCUUUGCUGUUACCCGUGCAUGCUAGGUAAGGCUGCUUUGAAGUUCUUAUCAAGUUAUCAUCCUUGCAAACUGUGGAAAGCUGAUUUUAGAUGAUCUAUUUUGAAAACAGAAAGGCUGAUCCCUAGAGGUGUUGAACCUUCCUAGUGCCAUAUUUGUAAUGCUGGAAUUAGGUCAUUCAAUUUCAAACUACACAUGCUCAUUUGUUGCUGUGUUACACCUCACCAGUGCAGUUUGUGUAAAGCUGUUUCAGGUCAUUUCUUUGGCUUAAAAUAUGACAUUGUGAUUCACUGUGAUUCUAAACCUCCUCAGUUCACUUCAAGAGACUAUUUGAGAGCAGAUUAUUUAAAAAUGCAUAUAAUAAGCUACAGAGAUGAGAGAUGUUAAACCUUACCUUUGCAGUGUGUGUAAAGCUGCUUUAAGGGACUUGUCCUCCAUCAGAUACAGGUAUCACCUGGCUGUAAGAAAUUUAUCAAUAAUUAAAAUUUGCAGCUGUUUAAAGUAUGUUAUCAUAUUGACAUAUACUGGUAUAUUCAACAUUUUUGUAUUAUUUAAUCACAGCUAAUGUGCUAAAAUUAAGGGAUGGGAGCUGGGGUUGUGUGUGGGGGGGGGGGGGAGAAGAAAAUAGUAAUUGAUGGA